AUGUCAGAUUCACCACCUACCACUGCUGAUCUGCCCACUGAAGAGCACGACCUCGUAGUGGUCGGCGCAGGCCUCAGCGGCAUCAACACUGCCCACCGGCUGCAAACCGAGCUGCCUCACCGGUCCUUCACGAUCCUCGAGGCGCGCGACGUUAUUGGCGGCACAUGGAGCUUCUUCAAGUAUCCCGGCAUGCGCAGCGACUCGUCUCUCCGGUCCUUUGGCUUGGACUGGCACCCCUGGAAACUCCCCCACAAGGUUGCCACCGCAGGCGAGAUUUGCGACUAUCUGGAAGACGCGUCCAGAGCGGAUGGCACCUUUGAAAAGAUUCGGUUCCGGCACAGAGUCCUCAGCAGCGAAUGGAGCAGCGCCGAGCAGAGAUGGUCCCUGGUCGUUGAUGCCAAUGGCACAAGGAAGCUGAUCAAGGCCAACUUCCUCUUCAGCUGCAUGGGCUACUACUCGUAUGAACGGGCGCUGGACAGUCCCGUGCCUGGCAUCAACGACUUUGGUGGAACCGUGAUCCAUCCGCAGUGGUGGCCAGAGAACUUUGACUGCAGCAAUAAGAAUAUCGUGAUUGUUGGCAGUGGCGCAACCGCCAUCACGCUUCUGCCCGAGCUGGCGGGCAAAGCAAAAUCCGUGACGAUGCUUCAGAGAACACCUUCAUACGUGGUGUCCAUGGAGAGGAGCUCGGGCUUUGAGAAGUUUCUGGCGGCGAUACUGCCCUUGUCCUGGGUACAUUGGAUUGCCAGCUGCAUUGACAUCUGGUUCGAGGUGUUCAUCUCCGAGCUAUGCUUGCGAUACCCUCGUCUAGGGCGCUUUCUGAUCACAAUGGAUUUACCAAAGAGCCUACCAAAGAAGCUCGAUGCGGCGGUGCAUUUCAACCCGACGUAUGGGCCCUUCCAACAGCGAUUGUGUCUGACACCAGAUGGCGAGUUCUUCAAAGCCCUGCAUCGAGACGAUGUUGAGAUGGUCACAGACUUGAUUGAUACCGUCACCAAAGACGGAAUACUUCUCAAAUCCGGCCGCAAGCUUUCAGCAGACGUGAUUGUGACUGCUACUGGGCUGCACAUACAGCUCCUCGGCGGGAUACGUCCCCGAGUCGACGGCAAGGAAAUCGAUCUCGGCCAGCAGUACGCCUGGAGAGGCUGCAUGAUCGAAGGCGUGCCCAACGCGGCAUCCAUCUUUGGCUACGUAACUACAACGUGGACUCCCGGCGCAAACUCCACGGCCAGGCUGGCUAUCCGAGUAAUCAAGCAGAUGGAGGCGGAUGAUGCGUCGAGCGUUGUGCCCGUCAUCCAGAGGACAGAGGGCAUGCCGCGAUUGUCGAGUGCGGAUGUGAAGAGCCACUACAUCACGAAAGCAGUAGAUCGCAUCCCCAAGUCAACGGGGAGAGCUCCAUUUUAUGGGCGCGUCAACUAUCCUUUAGAUUUGUGGGCAUUGUGUUUCGGCAGCAUAAGGGACGGAUUGGUGUAUACAAAGAGAGAGGCCAAAAAGGUUAAAUGA